AUGGUUGGCGUCGAACUCGCUGAGCGGGUAAUCACUGACGUGGCCAACUGGACCAUCGUCACCGGAAUCAAUGCUAACACCAUCUACAAGUUAUAUGAAGCGCAUAACCCUAGCACAGCAGCGCAGAUCAAGGGUGGUCAGGACGCACUACGCGAUGCUCUGGAUAUCCUUCACCGGGCCCUCAGCGAGGGAUUACCCAUCCCGGAAGAAGACACCUAUAUUUUGACAAGCAAGCACGAGAUAUUAUUGCUACGUGGCGACCAGCUUGAGAAAUCUGUCGCGGCAAAGUUCCGGUUCAAUCUACAUGAAAUAUUUGUGCAACCGAUCGUGCUUAACCAAGAGGCACGAGCGUUCAACGCCCAAAGUCGUAAGCUGCUCUGUGCAACCCAGCGAUCAUCAAGUAUUGCUAGAUUCAAAGUGAUUAAGGGCACACUACGAGGUAGGAAGUUUAGCAAGUCAGAUACGUUAACCACCUGGUCCAUGGUUUUAAGUCCCCCUGCUAAAGUGGCCGGGCCAUCUGAGACAUCGUCUGAGAACAAUAACGGAGAAAGUAGCAUAACUCUCGUUGAUAGCUCGAACGAUGGAGUUACCAACGAAUCGAGACCGGUAGCGUCCUUGAUCGAGAUACUGGAAUUUAAUCCUUGGCAACAAGACGGCGAGUCCGGAUCCUCAGAGGUAGCAUCGCAAUCUAAGACAUGA